UCCUGGGUUCUAGAGAUUUCUGGUUUGGUUUUGCAGAAACCAUUUCAAGUCUUCAAAUGGAUUUGACUGGCAGUAGAGCUUCUCGCGAGUCCAUUGAAGGGUUCAGCAGCGAGGAGGACAGGGACUGUGACGUUUUCCUUUCCGACAGCGACUCUGAUAAACACAUCAAAGAGAGCGGCCCAUGCCUGGACAGACCAACAGGGCUCCCUGUGCGAGAUCAGCCCACCUUUACUGGCAUGGGCUCGGUGUUUGCCAGUGAGGGGUCCCUGAGCGGACCUCAAGCCUUCAUCCCCCAUCCCAUGUCGGCCUCCCACCUCAAGAAGCCCCUGGAGAACAUUUACUUCGCCUCGGCCUCUGUGAGUCAACGCAGCCCCUUGCCGGCUGGCGCUGACCCGGGAAGGAACUGGGAGCUCCCACUCAGGGGGCACCUUGUUGGUCAACACUCCAAGAGGUUCAUCAGCAGGGGUCUAAAGAGGAGGUGGGAAUGGGAGGAGUCCAGACAGCAUGGGACUGCGCUGAGUGAAAGGAUGCCUCACGUCAAGAGCAGAGGGGACCUCCUAUUUGCACAAAAGUGCAAAGAGCUCCAAGUAUUCAUCAGACCACUGACUGUCCUCCUCAACGGCCUGAAGACUGGACGGUAUAACAGAGGCCUAAGCAGUUUCCAGCAGAGCGUUGCUAUGGACCGGAUCCAGAGGAUUGUGGGAGUCCUGCAGAAGCCGGCAAUGGGGGAGCGUUAUUUAGGCACCCUCCUAAAAGUGGAAAUGAUGCUAAAGGUUUGGUUUCCUCACGUUCCCAUAGAAACGCCGAACGCUGAAGGCUCCGGGCCUACAGGGACUGAAUGCAACGCGAGGAAGCACGCACGGACCAACUCCUCGGGCACCAGUUCCUCGUGGGAGUCGGUCUCCCCACCCUCGUCCCGAAGGCAAUCCUCCAGCGACGGCGGCACGCAGGAGCGAGUGGACACAGCGGCGGCGGGCGGCCAGGAGGAGGGGCCGGAGCCUGCAGGAGGGGCCCCAGAGGGGUCACCCGGGGGCACCCGCCGGCUCUACCGAGUGGACGGCACCUCGGCGGUGCGGUGCUUGGCCCUGGUCAUGCAGGACAGCUCGGUGUCUUCCACCACCCGCCCCUGGCGCCCGGCCAGGAGCAGCAGCGCCCCCCCCUGCCUCCCCACCGGGCCCGGGGAGCAGGCCCCGACGUGGGAGGCUCGCAGCCCGCCCGUCCCCUGGCCCCGCCUCCUGGCCUGCGAGGCGAUCGUGCUCCUGGACCUGCGGGAGAGGCCGGGAGGUUUCGGGGGGGAGGGCGAGGGAGAGGGGCCCUCGAAGUGA